AUGGAUGCCCAACAAGAGCAUAUGGCAACAUCACCCAUCGACAAUACUCAAAUCCUGCAAUCAAAUCAGUCCGACAUUUCUCCCAGCUUAUUAUUGACCGUUCCGCUUUCGUCCUCCAAUGCCCCUUUGCAGAAUUCACCAUCUGCGGUCAUGCAGGAACCCCCUUCAAUGAUUUUCCCAAACAAGACAGCACGCGCUGGUGGCAUGUCUCUUCCUGUGCACGUGUCAAUGCCUACACACUCCCAACCAGUAUAUAUGCCACCAAUGGAUCCUGUCGAACCCCCUUCACUAACGGCUCAGCCACCCAAUUUUAUCCCGGAUUUUCCACGAGGAUGCGAUUCAUUUCCAUCACCACCUCAAAUUGAGAACAGUAUGACUAUUCAUACGCCCAGCAGCACUCACUCUUCAUCCGCGUCUCCCCCACAGUCCCAAAUCCCUUCCCCAGGCAUUCAUAACAUAACGGCGUUCGCAGUGAGCGGAGGGGUGUCAUCCUUAGCGUCCGCUCUUGAUCCGGCAGUUGCAUCUCUGGCAGAACAUAACCAUUUGUCUGCCGCCUCUGUCGCGGCAGCCAACGCAUUCUCUCCCGAUAUCACAAUGAAUCAACCGCUGGCUAUUCCUGCUGUGACUGCUACAGUCCCGGUGGAAGCGGAGAGUCCCCCCAAUGUGAAGCAGGAAGAUAGGACCUCUCCGCCACUAACAAUCCUCGAGACGGUGUUGGACAAUAUUGUCGCCGCUGCGAGCACUACCAAGCUGGCUUGUCAGAACAAUCAAGUCAUGCAAGCUAGCAAUGGGGUCAGCCGACUUCAAAGCGAUAUAUCUGUUGUCACGCAGUUGAUGUCUGAAGUCGUGUCCCAUCUAAGGAUGAUGAAUCUCAAUGACCACAUCUUUACGCCUCCGAAUCAUCCUGUUGUCCCUGGCUUAAUGUUGCAUCCAAACAAUAGCAAUGAGAUCUUAACGCCAUCCCAAGAACAGCUCGCUACAUUCCCUGCCCCAGCUGACAACGUUCACCUCCGCAUGCUGGACUCGUCGCGAAAGCGCUGUGCAUCUGCUGUCGACGAGGAGCGUAUAAUAAAAUCCUUGAAGCGGGAGCCUCAAGAACAUCCGCUUCUGAAUCCCUCGCCAACACCGCAAAAGCCUUCCGAGGCAUCGUCAGUGUUUCCAUUGACCACGCUCCCUUCUGAUGACAUCGUCCCUUCUCCACCGGUGUUGAGCACUGUUGCCCCCACAUCUGCACCUCCCACACCGCCUCCCAUACCUUUCCCGUCUCCUUUUAAUGCCGGUCCAUCCACUCCCGGCCAAGUCGGGUUUCCUUUCAAUAUCCCACCACCUACCCCACCAGCGGUGGAUUAUUCGAGUGCACCACCAACGUCAGUUGCAGUCGCAGUCGGACCGCCACUCACAUCCCCUGGCUUCCCUUCAACUGGAAGAGCCCCUUGGUCCGAGACCAUCACUUUACCUCGGCAUCGACACUCGUUAUCAGCUGGCUCUCUUGCUUCCAAUGGAGGGGAGCCAAUACUAGUUACAAGUCAUCCCACUGAGCCCGCCCCGUUCCCGACGAUGGCACAACCACAAUCCGUUGCGGUUGCUGGUUCAAUUGUGGGCGCCCCUGUAGGGCGCAUGUCACGUUCAGGUUCUAUCUCUGGCACGUAUACCAGCCCGUUCGGUUUCUCUUAUGUGGAGCGCCCAGAACCGACAAACACAUUGUGGCCUGAGAUCGCUCGGGGCGCAGGCCCAACGUCAGCUCCCACGCCAUUGUCUAGUUGGUACAACAAAGAGACGACGGAAACUCCUGCGUCAACAUCAUCAAAUACGUCUGCAAGGGGAUCGCCUUCAGAUGACGAUGAUGACGAAGAAGACGACGAGCAUGAAGAAGGAUCCCCUGGCCGCCGUAACCACCACCUGUCUUCGCUGGACCACCCCCAAAAUGUUGGUUCCGAUAUCCCGCAAGAAUACAGAACCGAGGUGGAUCGAAUCUUCUUCGAAUACCUUAACAAGAUAUGUUCCAACCUGGAUGCGACUGAUUCGAAGGGGGAGCCCAUCCACCAGACGUUGAUGGCAAAAAAGAUGCAGCGUUUGGACGAAUCGCCAGACUUUCGACCGUUUAAAUUUAGGAUACAAGCCUUCACCCACGGUUUCUUGGAAGAGCUCUCACGACAAGGCUAUCCUGAAGAGAAAAUCCCAAUGAAGAAGGUCCGCAACUAUUUGUGGAAACAGCAGUACAUCCUUCGAUUCAAUGAAGAUGGGAAAAAAGCCAAAUCCAAAGGGAAUCAUAUUUGGAACAUUGAAGCCAAAAAGGCUGGCGAUGGGAAAUGGGAAUUCCGUCCUUUCUAUCGUAAGCUCGCCGGAAAUCCCCCAGGCGUGGCUUACUGUGGCCUCAAAUGGUCCUGGACUCCCCGAAUCUGGGAUCCUCAAGCAUCGUUCGCCAAUGUUCCUGUUCAGUAUAGUUCCCCCUCGUUACCGCCGUGGCUCAGUUGGAAGGAUGACGUGUUAUCUGGAGUCCCUCCUACUGAUGCCCAGAGCUGCGAGAUCACUGUCAUCGCUAAGUAUGUUCUUGAUGGGCAAGAGGGCCAACUUUCGUCAAAACUCUCUUUAAACAUCGCCCCCGUGUCAACGAUCGAGACAUCCUUCUCUCAAUCCCGCCGAUCGUCCAUUGGCCAUGAAACCCCUGCUACGCGCCGCAGUACUAGUGACUCAGUGCUUCCUCCAGCAACGCAAAGGGGUCCUCGAUCGUCACUGCCCGGGCAGGGGGCCGAAGCAUCGUCUCAAGGUGCUCAGGUGAUCAGGGUUCUCACUACGGCCGCUCAGCGUGUUGCACAUGAGCGCCAGUCCCAUCUAGUAUCUGCCGUGCACACGGAAGAUACUGAGAUCCAAGAUCUUGUCAAGCAGCAGCACGUCCUCACCCGAACAGCAAGCGCAUGUGACAAGGAAAUUUCUGGACAGGUGCCGCCACUGCAUGAUGACACACGCGCCCUAGCUGUAGCGGCGCAGUCUUUGGUCAUGACAGCAGCGGAGACGGUGCUGGCUGAUCGGACAUAUGUCAGCGGAGCACCCAUAGCGGUGGAGAAGAACAACAUCACCGUGAACGAGGUAUCCGCCAAAACGCAAGAUGCGGUCGCUCAAGCGGUCAAGCUGCACGGGACGCAAUCCACCGAAGUGGAUAUCAUGAUGACGGCUACGUCUAUUCUAAAAGAAGCUCGCGCGCCUGUAAGUAACUCAGGUAUGCUCAGCGUCUUUAUGAACCAAACAGCCCCUAUGGCGGGUCCUUUGUCCUCCAGGUCUUACCAUUCACUGGAAGCCUCUGAAGUUGCGGCACAGACAGACUUUCAAAGACUUGUAUGA